AUGAUUAGUAAAGAUUUAUUAAACACAGACAGUAUUGAUGAAAGGGACCUAAUAACAGAAGAAGGUUCAAAUGAUAAGGAUGAACAUAGUUGGCAUAAAGCCAAACAACAGCUGGAGCAAGAAUUGGUUUCAGCGAACAUACUCUUUAAAGUAAAUUUCAAUCUAAUUAUAUUUAUAUUUAAAAUAUUGUAUUAUAGUUAUAUUAGUGUUGAAAAUAUCUUAUCAAAAUAA